AGCGGGAUAAAUAACUUUAUUUUGUACUGAAGCAGUAAUAUAGAGUGUAAUUUUAACACAGACACCACUGUUUUCCAAGUUUCUCCGCUUAGACUCCCAGCAACUGCAUUCCUUCUCUCGUCUCUCUCAACAGCAAACAGGAAACACACGUCCUAUAAAAAGAAUGAUUGACAUCUCGGUCAACCAUUGACGUGUCGGCGUACCUCGCGCUCAGCCAAUCGCAUCAGAGAAGAAGGGCGGGACGUCCUGUAAUGUGAUGCAAAUUGGACGGUCGAGCGCGUUGGUCCCACCUUUUUGUGUUUCCCGCACCGUCAAUCAAAAUAGAAAAAAAUCGACCCGAAUUCACCGAUCAACACUAGCCCGCCUUUGAUAAAACAAUCAUGUUCGGAGUUUAGUUGAUCAGAUAAUCCUCUCGCUUACUACCAUUCACGCUAUGACUGCGCCAGAGCAGCCUCUGAAACAAGGAGAAAUGGCGUCCGCGGACGUGGACAGCAGUCAAAGCGAGUUUCUGCAACCCGGCGGCGCAGCGGAAACACAGACGACAGAUAUGUCAGCCAUUCAGUUGACGGGUUCAGACCGAUGGGAAGUGUUGACUCCUGUCUCAACUGGGAAGGAAGACCAGGGGGUUGUUCACAUUCCAAAUUCGGGCAUUGUCACAUCCAACGGACAGUAUGUGCUUCCUAUUGGGAGUCUUCCCAGCCAGCCCAUUUAUGUUACAGCACCUGGGAAUGAGGCUGCAGCCAAUGGAGUAUCAGGCAUUCAGUAUCAGGUCAUCCCCCAAAUCCAAAAUCCAGAUGGGACACUUGCAGGAUUCCCAACACAGGGGUUGGAUGAUGGCACGGGGCAGAUCCAGCUCCUCCAAGAUGGUAGCCAGGGCAGCAUCGGGAUUAGUUGUGCCACAACGGCGACCACGGAUCUCCUGACGCAAGCAGGGCAAAUACAGUCAAUCCAAGGCGUCCCGCUGGCUGGGGGGGCAACAUACACCAGCACAGUACCCGUAGGGCUCCCUGGCAACAUAACAUUCGUCCCCAUAAACAGCGUGGACCUGGAGUCGCUAGGGCUCACCGGAGCGCAGACGGUUCCCAUCGCGACCGGGGUAACAGCCGAGGGCCAGCUGAUCAUGAGUGGUCAGACACUGGAGAGUCAGGGUCAGGACGCCGGCAGCAAACAGUCGCUGGUGACGGUGAGCAACGCCAACCAAGAGCUCUAUGUGCCAACCACCACCACCGCCUCCUCUUCCAGCUCCUCCCAACUCCCAGAGACCAUCGAUGGCACGGGGGUUCUGACCCAAGCGACUGCCGUGUCUGCAGGCGUGUCUGACCCCUCCUCCUCAGAGAACUACAACUCCCAUAACCACCUGCAGCAAAUCCAGGUGUCAUCAUCUAACGCCACCACUAUUUCACAGCCCAUCCUGCAGCUGUCUGGGGACAGUCAGGCCCAGGUAGCCCAGGUGGCUCCAGGUCAGGACCUGACUACGGCAGCAGGUCAGACUCUACAGAGCGUGCAGCUGGUCAACCCGGGGACCUUCCUCAUCCAGGCCCAAACUGUCACAGCCACAGGACAGAUCCAGUGGCAGACCUUCCAGGUUCAGGGUGUCCAGUCACUCCAGGGGCUCCAGUUGCCCCAGGGGCAGGGUCAGGCCCAGCAGUUGACCUUAGCCCCAGUUCAGACCCUCCCUCUGGGUCAGGCAGGCCAGGUCAGCCUACCCAAUCUUCAGACUGUCACAGUCAACUCUGUAACACAAAGUGGAGUUCAGUACACACAGGGAGAGGAUGCAAACAGUCCAGCUGGUAUACAGAUAAAAGAGGAGCCCGACUCUGAAGAGUGGCAGCUGAGCGGAGACUCGACGCUGAACCCCAGCGACCUGAACAACCUGCGGGUUCCAAUGGGAGACGAAGACAUGGAGACGCCGAGCGGGGAGGGCAAGAGGCUCCGCAGAGUAGCCUGCACCUGCCCCAACUGCAAAGAGUCUGGAGGAAGAGGUUCGGGCAUGGGGAAGAAGAAGCAGCACAUCUGCCACAUCGCCGGCUGCGGGAAGGUUUAUGGGAAGACGUCCCACCUCCGAGCUCACCUGCGCUGGCACAGUGGGGAGAGACCCUUCGUCUGCAACUGGAUGUUCUGCGGGAAGAGGUUCACCAGGAGCGACGAGCUGCAGAGACACAGGAGGACACACACAGGAGAGAAGAAGUUUGUGUGCACAGAGUGCUCCAAGAGGUUCAUGCGGAGCGACCACCUGGCCAAGCACAUAAAGACUCACCAGAAUAAAAAAGGCGGGGUUCCCUCCUCCACGUCUCCGCCCACCACCGACGCCGUCAUCACCGCCGAUGGAACCACGCUCAUCCUGCAGACCGCCACCACCCAUGACCUCGUAGCCAAUCAGGAGAUCCCUUUGCAGCUGGUCACUGUGGCGCCCGGUGAGGUCAUGGAAUGAGGGGGGUGAAUGGGGUGAGGUGGCUUUUUGAGAACUGGCCUAUCACAGGGACCUCUUGGGCUCCUCUCUUCCCCUCUUACUUUUUUUGUUUGUUUUUUUACAUAUGAAUAUAUACGUAAAUAUAUAUGACAAAUAUAUAUAUUUUAAGUAAGAGUUAUCAUGACUUUAUGUUUGUUUUUUGCAGUCUUUUUAUAGGCGGGCAAAAAAAAAACAUUAAAAUGUGGUUGCUAUGUACACGCGUAAACACACUCAACACACACAUAAACACACAUGAGAAAACACUCAAAAAAACACAACAUGAAUACUCAACACAAUGAAAUGCCUUAUUUUGUAUCAUACCCUUGUAUAAAAUGCUGGAGGUGCAUGAGUUUUUAUCCUUUGGAGAUGAUGUAACUGUAACGGAGACAAAUGUGUUUGUGAAACGGAGGAGAUAAUGACGAGGAGGAGUUUUGGAAAAAGGAAACGAAGUAGUGAACCUCUCUGGGAAUAUUGAAUUUUUGUCUCUGGAGAAUUGUGACAAAACCGAGCUCUGCGUUUGAAGCAGCGCAACAUCCACGCUGAACUGUUGCACUGCUGCUGCCAGGAGCAAGUGCUUUUGUUUUUAAAGAACUAGUUUGACAUUUUGGGAAAUUCAUUAUCCGUUUUCUCGCUGAGAGUUAGAUGAGCGAGGCCGCUCUCACGUCUGUGUAGUAAAUAUGAAGCUGUCAUGAGCAACUGUUUAGCUUAGCUUAGUUUAGCUUAGCAUAAAGACAGGAAACUGGGGAAACCGCCUGCCUGGCUCUGUCCAGAGGUAACAAAAUCUGCCUCUCAUUACCUCUAAAGGCCAUGAGUUAACAUGUAUCUUAUUUGUUUAGAGACACAGGUGUGUAAAAACAACAAUUGGUAGUUUUAUAGAGGGUUAUGCCAGCCAGUGGAGAACAUUACUGCUCAGCCAAGAAAUAGUCCCUCCUGUAAAAAUGGCAGACUGAUGUUUUUACACCUUAAACAAUCACGAUAAAACAUGUUAAUUAGUGAGCUUUAGAGGUGAUAAUCGGUGGAUUUCUUUUUGCUUUUGAGCAGAGGCAGGUUAGCGGUUUUCCUGGUUUCUAAUCUAAUUCUCUGCAAGAGAGCGAGCAAGCACUUUCCCUGAAAUGUCCAACUUUUCCUUUGCAGCAGCUUUGUUGCCCCAAUCAUUGACAGCCAAUAGGACGGUGCUGCUGCUGUUUCAAAAAGAGCAAGAGGUUCAGUUGGUAGUCAGAGAAGGACGACAGUGCCACUGUUUACUGAUCUGAAGUUGUUUUUCCCACCUCGAGGGGGAGGAAAAAUAGAUGCAAGCCGCUCUGAAAAAGGGCAACUUCUUCCAGCAUCCGGUCAGUCUGAACAGAAUGUCUCAUCUGUCCUCACGAGCACACCGUCCGCUGUGCUUGUCCACGUCAAAAAAAAACACGUCUUUAUUUUUCUUUCCUUCUGCAUAUUUUCUUUGUAAAUUUGCAUUGUAUUUCAGUUUGUCCUGUGUCUCUUCGCCGAUCUGGGUGUCGUCUAAAUCAAAGCCACACAAUGGUGGUUGUAGAUUUUAAAAUGUAGAGUGGUUACCUCCGAAUUCCUGCAGGGCUUUUUCAUAGUCACUGUCAGCUGCGGCAUGACUGCAGGAGGAGAACAUGCACCAGUGUUGCCAUGUGAAGAAAACUGAGAAACGGAUGCAACAAAUCAGCGAGCCCCCAAGGGCGUUUGUCAUCGAACAUUCCAGUUGGACACCAGAUGAUGUGGGAUUCAUUUUGCAAUAACUGCUCUGUUGGUAAUUCUGGCCAGAUGUCACUCAAGUCAAAAGGAAAACAAUCAUGCCAUUGUUUGUUGUGUUCUUUUUUGUUUUUUUAAAUUUUAAUUAAUGUAAUCCCUUCCUCCGUUUGUCCUUUGUUUGUAGCAUUCAUUUACAUGUAUAUUAUCUUAUUUUCACAUUGUUUAUAGAAGCCAUUACUUAGUUAACUGAAUUUGUUGUAUCAAAACCUUAUUUUAAGUGAUUUUUUUAAAGAAUUGGUGUAAAAAUUGAAUGUUACCUUUUGUAAAACAUUUUUUUCAAAUGGAUCACAAUAAAAGUCUGAAACCUUA